UUCUCAGGAUAAUGAGGUAAGUGAUGUUAAUCAGAUCACUCUCAGACAAGAAAACCAAACAUAUGCUUAGUUAUGUGUCAAUUAGAUUCUGACUACACACGUGUUCAGUUCGGAUAAGGAAACUUAUCUGAUGGCUUCUCUUCUUCAGCCACUUCCACAGCUGUCUACUUUGUUCGACUCUCGCCGGAGCUAUAAAAACUCGGCCAUUCCUCGUGCCGUCGCCGUUUCUUCCAGCUCGACCAAUGGACAGCAUUUCCUUCGUCGGGUCUCCGGUUUAUGUGAAACCGGAAACCUCCACGAGUCCUUUAGAAUCGUGGAGGAGUUCGACAGAGAGGAGAAAUCAUCUGAUGCGUUUCCUCUUCUCCGAGAAGCUGUAGAGCUUCUCUUACAAGCUUCUGGCAGGAGAAAAGACAUACACUUGGGGAGAAAGAUCCACCAGCUGGUCUCUGAGUCGACACGGUUAAGCAACGACGAUGUUCUCUGCACACGUGUUAUCACCAUGUACGCCAUGUGCGGCUCUCCCGAUGAUUCUCGCUCUGCUUUCGAUGCCUUGAGAAAGAAGAAUCUCUUCCAGUGGAACGCCGUUAUCAGCUCUUACUCAAGAAACGAGCUUUACCACGACGUUCUAGAGAUGUUUGUGAAGAUGAUCACUGAGAGUGAUCUUUUACCGGAUAACUUCACUUUCCCUUGUGUGGUUAAGGCUUGUGCUGGGGUUUCUGAAGUCCGGGUCGGUCUUGCGGUUCACGGUUUGGUAGUGAAGACCAGAUUGAUAGAGGACGUUUUCGUAAGUAACGCUCUGGUGUCUUUCUACGGAACACACGGUUUUGUCUCUGACGCGUUGACACUCUUCCACAUGAUGCCUGAGAGAAACUUGGUGUCUUGGAACUCAAUGAUUCGAGUGUUCUCUGACAAUGGUUUCUCGGAGGAAAGUUUCUUGCUUCUUGGAGAAAUGAUGGAGGAAGGUGCGUUUAUGCCUGAUGUUGCUACACUUGCUACAGUGUUACCGGUUUGUGCGAGGGAAAGAGAAAUAAGAGUAGGGAAAUGCGUUCAUGGGUGGGCGGUGAAACUCAGUUUGGACAAAGAACUUGUAGUUAACAAUGCCUUAACGGACAUGUACUCCAAAUGUGGUUUCAUAAAUGAUGCACAGAUUAUCUUUAAUUUAAACAAUAACAAGAAUGUGGUUUCUUGGAAUACAAUGGUAGGAGGUUUCUCAGCAUUGGGGGAUAUUCAUGGGACUUUUGAUCUUCUCAGAGAGAUGCUGGCAGGAGGCGAAGAUGUCAGAGCAGACGAGGUAACGAUUCUAAACGCACUGCCAGUUUGUUUCGAUGAAUCAGUCUUACCGAGCCUGAAGGAACUUCACUGUUACUCCUUGAAGCAAGAGUUUGUACACGAUGAGUUAGUAGCCAAUGCCUUCGUCGCUUCAUACGCAAAGUGUGUCUCGCUGAGUUAUGCACGCCGUGUGUUUUGUAGCAUAAGGUGUAAAACAGUGAACUCUUGGAAUGCUUUGAUUGGCGGAUAUUCACAGAGCAGUGAUCCUCGGUUGUCCUUGGAAGCCUAUUUGCUGAUGAAAAACACUGGAAAGUUACCUGAUAUGUUUACUGUUUGUAGUCUUCUUUCAUCUUGUUCUCAGCUUAAGUCCCUGAGGUUGGGGAAGGAAGUGCAUGGGUUUAUAAUCCGUAAUCGAUUAGAAAGAGAUUCGUUUGUUUAUACAUCGUUACUCUCACUUUAUAUUCAUUGUGGGGAGUUAAGCACUGCUCAUUUAUUAUUUGACGCAAUCGAAGAUAAGACCUUAGUAUCUUUUUUUUUUUUGAACUCUGUGUAAUCUGCUAUGGUCAAUGGUUACCUUCAGAAUGGGUUUCCUGAGAGAGCUUUGAGUCUCUUUAGACAAAUGGUUUUGUACGGAGUCAAACCUUGCGAGAUUUCUAUCAUGAGUGUGUUUGGUGCUUGUUCGCUGUUACCGUCUCUUCGGCUGGGGAGAGAAGCGCAUGCUUACGCUCUGAAGCGUCUCCUCGAGGACAAUGCGUUUAUCGCAUGUUCAGUGAUUGAUAUGUACGCCAAGAACGGUUCUGUAACGCAGUCAUUAAAGGUUUUUAACGGUUUGGAGGAGAGAAGUGUGGCAUCGUGGAACGCCAUGGUAAUGGGAUAUGGAAUACAUGGGCGUGGGAAAGAAGCUAUCCAACUCUUUGAAGAGAUGCAAAGAAGAGGUCAUAGUCCUGAUGAGUUGACAUUCUUAGGUGUUCUAACGGCUUGUAACCACAGUGGUCUGGUCCAUGAAGGGGUGAGGUAUCUGGAUCAGAUGAAGCACUCUUUUGGGCUAAAGCCAAAGUUGAAGCAUUAUGCUUGCGUUAUUGACAUGUUAGGCCGUGCUGGGAAGCUAGACGAGGCGUUAAUGAUCGCCGCAGAAGAGAUGUGUCAGGCACCUGACGUUGGAAUCUGGAACUCUCUGCUCAGCUCUUGCAGAAUCCAUCAGAAUCUUGAGAUGGGAGAGAGAAUUGCUGCUAAGUUAUUCGUUUUAGAACCGGAAAGGACUGAGAAUUAUGUUCUGCUUUCCAACUUAUAUGCAGGAUCAGGGAAAUGGGAUGAGGUGAGGAAAGUGAGGCAGAGAAUGAAGGAGAUGAGUUUGCGGAAGGACGCUGGAUGCUCCUGGAUCGAACUAGACGGGAAGGUUUUUAGCUUUGUUGCUGGUGAAAGUUCUUCAGAUGGUUUUGAAGAAAUCAAAAGUCAUUGGAGUAUACUGGAGAGAGAGAUAUUGAAGAUGGGAUACAGACCAGACACAAGCACAGUACAACAUGAGCUAAGUGAAGAGGAGAAGAUUGAACAAUUGAGGGGACACAGCGAGAAGCUUGCCAUUCUUUACGGAUUGAUCAGAACUUCAGAAGGAACAACUCUUAGGGUUUAUAAGAACCUGAGGAUUUGUGUGGACUGCCACAAUGCGGCGAAGUUAAUCUCCAAGGCUGUGGAAAGGGAAAUAGUAGUGAGGGACAACAAAAGAUUUCACCAUUUCAAGAAUGGGUUUUGUUCUUGUGGAGACUACUGGUAAUUAAGACAUAAUCAAAUCGGUAAAGACAGAUCAGAAGCUCUUAGUUCUUGUACCAAGCUUUGAUCAUAGCUCUGCUGCUCUCUCCUAAGAGUUGAUAAAAUUUGGGUAAUAAGAAAUUGGUUAGUUGAUGAUCUUGCUUCUUGUCUGAAGCUUCUCUAGUUGUGGAACUGGUUAAACUGCUCUGUCUUGAUUAGUCCAAAGAUCAUUUAGAACAUGUGCAUCAACCAAAGAUCAGUUGAGUACAACCUGUGAAUAUAAAUUUUUCUUAUUUAUGUUCCUCACUAAUUUGUGAUAGAUCAUGUCAUACAUGUUAUGGUAAGUUUUUACUUGAAACUGAUGGAACA